AGGUAAGACUUAUCUUUCCCCUCUGCGUGCUACUCCGUAACCUGCCUUUCCACCGCCACAACACUCCGACCGGCUUUUCUACCUGCUAGUAGUAGUUGCAGCUCCCGUCGUGUCUUUUCUGUUUUCGAAUUCCACCGUUCUCCCGCCCAACUCGUUUCAAACCUUCCGCUACCCCAUAUUACGAUCAUCCUGACAUUUACUUCCCAGCUUGACCUUUAGGACCUUUUCUUUUUCGGUCUUUACUUUUUCUUCCUUUUUCCGCUCUCCUGAAACUCGCCUCGAUAUUCCCACUCGAUCGAAAAAUCCCCGUCGUUCGCGAGCCUUUAGCUCGAUCCGAAUCGUUCUGCAGCCACUGGAUCCCGUGUAACUGCAAACAUCCCUGCCAGUGAACCAACCCUCGCUGGUGCAAUCCUACGAGCGUCUCUCUCUCCCCCAAAGCCACUCGCCCGCAUCUCCCAGCGAACUCGCCUUGACUGAACGCUGGUGCCCGAACGCCUUGUUUUCGCUUUCUACGCCGCUUUCCUCGCCUUCCUUGCGCACCUUCUCUCUCUCUCUCUAUCUCCUGCUCCAUUUACUCUAUUCCACACCCAUCUGGCAUACCACUGUUACCAACCUUUUACCGCCAUACACCACCGUGUCCCCCGUUCGAGUCGCGAGCCUCCGUGUCUUAACUCUCCUUCCGGAAUCUUAUUCUCAGCGCUGACCUUGGUCCCGCCCCAUUCUCUACGCCUCUGACCUUUCCACUUUCCUCCCUCGACCAAGUACAACUUCAAGUGUGCUGCUACUUCGCCGGCGAAUGCUGAUUUUACCAGAGAGCUUGCGCGGACUUCUCGAUCCCCGUUGAGGGGGUUGUUGUCAUGAACCCCGCAAACUUCCCCAACGUCAAUGGGGUAAUGAACGCUGGAGCGAAGCCCCCGGGUCAAAUGCAAGGCCAUAAUAAGAAUGACAACAUGCAGUACAUACUCGCAAAUGUUGCUCAUUCUUUACAAGCGCAGGGUCCUUUCAGUGGGUGGAGGGCAGAAGUCUCAGUGAGGGACCGAACUUAUAAAGUACAUCAGAUGAUCACUUCUCUUCGCUUAAUACAACCUCAGAUCGAGCUUCGCAACGCUGCUCAUGCAGCUAUGACUUUUGAAGGGAAAGCCUUUAGGGAAGCUGCGUCAAAGGCCGAUUAUGACAGAGAGUUUAACGAUAAACUCGUACAUAUCCGAGAUACCCGUGUGAGACAAGCACAAGCGAUGCAGGGGAAUAUGAUGCAACAAGGACCGGCAGCAGGCAUGCCUGGUGUAGGCCAGUCUCCAUUUCCGCAGCAGAUGAACCGACAGAUGCAGGCCUCGCCGAUGCCCGGACAACAGCAAAUGCAGAUGGGAAUGAAUGACCCGAACCAGCAAGCAAUGCAACAGCGCCAGCAACAGCAGCAGCAACAACAACAACAACAACAGCAGCAGCAGCAACAGCAGCAACAACCACAAGCUAUGCUACAGCAACAACAGCGCUCGCAGCCACGGCCUGGUGGAGCUGCUGCAUUGAAUGACGAGCUCAACUCCCUGUCGCCUGCAGAGUAUGAGAAUGUCUGUCGCGUGGCGACCCAGAUACUACAAAAGACCUCGCCUGAUGAUAUGAGCAAGAUCAAAGUGAAUCUACAGAAUAUGAGUCCUGAGCAAAAGGUUUAUCUCUCCAAGAAAGGCAUGGACCCUAUUACAUACUUCUUCCGGGUUCAGGCUCUGAACCAACUUCGGCGGUUCAAACGCUCCCGGAUGGAAAUGGCCCGUAACUCUCAAACCAAUGGAAUUGACCCCGCUAAUGCUAUGAUGGGUGAUCCCAUGAUGAACCAGCAACGUCAACAAAUGUUCCAAAAUAUGGUCAACAUGCAACAGCGAAAUUCUCCAUUCCCCAUUGCAGGCCAACAAGGCAUCGAUCCGUCGUCGUUUAUUGGGAAUGUCGAGAAUAUACAAGGACAGCAGGCGGAUGGUUUGCGCUCCCAGGAAGCCGGUCAGCUUGUGGUUCCCGCCAGCUCUCAGAUGAAUCAACAGUUCAAUCCUCAAAACAUGUUAGUUGGUCAGCAAAUGGGCCAGGUCAAUAUAAACAAUGCUGGAAUAAGCCCUCAGUUCCUCGCUCAGCAGCAUUUGCCUAAUGCUCAACCUGGUGUUCCGGAUCGAUCUCAACAAGCUUUGCAGUCACAGUCCCAACCUCAGGCGCAAACACAGACUCAACGUGUUCAGGCAGCCCAGAAAGCGCAGAUGGCCAUGUCACAGUCCGGACAGGCGCCUUCUCACAUGCAGCAGCAGCUUUCCCAGAGCCCCGCUAUGCCUAUGCUCAAUCGUCCGAUGGCUGCCCCAGGACAGAUGUCUCCUGCCCAGGCCGCUGCUCAAGUACAACCGCCUUCUCGACAGGCGGGCAUGGGACAGCUUCCGGCAAAUGUGCAGUCCAUGGGAACUCAGCUCGGAAUGCAAGGUCGCCCCAAUAUUCCCACAAAUCUACCAGCUCAUGUCCAAGAGCAGCUUGCCCAAAUGUCUAAUGAGCAACUCACCGCGUUUUUCAUGAACCAGCGGCGCAUGAUGGCGAACAAUCAGGCUCUGGCUAGAGCGAAUCCCGCACAGCAUAAUAUGGCGUUGCAGCAGAAUCUUUCGCAAGGCAACCAAGGUCAACAGAUGGCUAAUGGCCAGAUGGGUAAUGCUCAAAACAUGCGGGCAUCAAUGGGCUCCUUGGGCCUGCAGCAGCAGCUCGCGGCAAUGGCUGGCGCCCAGCAGGCGAACCAGAUGAUCCCUGGGCAACAAAUGUCCGCUCAGCAGCGCCAACAAUUACACCAGCAGCAGCAGCUACAUCGGCUGCAACUUCUUCGCCAGAGUGGGGGGCCGGGCAUGGAAAUGACACCCGAACAGAUUAGGGAAAUGGACCGUGUGCCUUUCCCCCCUCAAAUCUUCGCUAAUAACCCAAACGCGGCUUCCAUCCCCAAGAACAUCAAAACCUGGGGUCUUUUGAAGGAGCUUGCUACCACGAACCCGCAGCUUCUUGGUGGAACCGACCUUCAGAAACUGGUGACUCUGCAGAAAUAUCACCUUGCCCAGAUUCUCAAGGAAACUAGCAAUCGGAAUUUGGAGCAGAACGGUCAGAUGCCUUUCAUGCCUGCAAAUUUCCAACGUCAGCAACAACCAUUCAUGAACCCGCAGCAGUUCCAGCCUGGUCAGCAACACGCACAAUUCGUUAUGCCGCAGAUCCGCCAGAUUACACCUCAGGAUCUUCAAGUAGCUCGCCAACGCUUGGGCGCCCAAGUACAGAAUCUUACCGAUGAUCAGCUGCGCGAUGCACUCCGGCAGAGACAGAUGCAUGCGGCUCAAGCACGUGCGGCACAGGCCCUUGCCAGCCAACAAAACCAACAGCCGCAAGCGCAAGCCCAACCCCCUGUUUCGGCGGAGGCCGCUCCCGUUGUGAAGACCGAGCCGGUGCCUCAGCCACCGGCACAAAACCAGGCAUCGAAACCUCAGGCUGCUACACCUGCAAAAGCCACCAAGGUACCGGCACCAAAACAAACGCCACCAGCGUCCAAACGCAAAGUACAGAAUGAAGAAGCCGCGACCAAUCAAACUUCUCCUGUCCAGGGCUCAACCCAGCCUGCGGCGUCUCAUGGCUUACCCUCAGCGCCGACGACGAAGCCAGCCCUAAAUCUUUCGAAUCUGUCCCGGGAACAGUUGGCUGCAAUGACUCCUCAACAACGCGCACAAAUAGAGGCACAUAUUCGACGACAGCAGGGCCAGGCUCGGGGUACAGUUAGCAGAGCUGCUGCAGAGGAGGCAUGGAAUAAUCUCCCGGAGAGAAUUCGACAGCAAUACAACGAACUUGCAAAGAAUGCCCCACCUGAACAGCCAGUUGCCGUUACCCCAGAGCAAAGGACUGCAAUGAACCAACAGCUCCGUGAUUGUACAGAUUAUCUGGGCAGGAUGGACACACUUGUCCAAUUUAUCUCAAAGAUCCCUAACCACGACAAGAACGUCCGGAGCUUGCUUGGGAUGCGUAUUCAACUCAUGCGGCAAUUCAAGGCUGGGCCUGAUUGGACAUUGAAUGAUCAAGUUACGAUAACUCCCGAGUACUUGACGGGGACUACCAGCUACAUCAGGAAACUGUUCCACCACAUGAUUGCUCGUGUCAAUCAACAACAAACCCAAGGUCCCGGUCAGCGGCCGGGCGCGACUCAGGCACCCAACGCGCAACAGGCCAACCAGAACAUGGCGCCCCUUAACGCAAGCAACCUUCAACAGCUCCAGCAGCAGGAGGAAGCUCUGCAGCGGGCCCGCAGAGCAUCCAGUCAGACCGCUGCCUCAGGAGCCUCCGCUAUCCCUCCAGCGCCAUUCGGGGCUCCGUCGCCUCACGGUGUUCCGCAUGCCUAUGGGCCGGGCAGUAUACCACCUCCUGAGCUCAAGCUGCCUCCUCCGAAGAAAAGGAAGCAGUCCCACCCGAGCACCACCCCUGUUUCAGGACCAUCUGGACCUAAGGUACAAGCGAAAGCCGCUGUUGACACGAAGCCAAUCGUCGGCGCUUUCAAGUGUGCAGUCCCCGAAUGUCAAUAUCAUUACCAGGGACUCGUCUCUCAGAAUGAUCUUGAUAAGCACGUUGAGGAGAACCACAAGGCCGAGGAACCUAUUGAGGACGCUCUCGAGUUUGCGCUACAGAGCUUCGGCACUCUUAUCAAAGAUGAAGACAAGGCAGAUGCUCAAGGACUUACAAAGGGAUUCAGCUUUACCGCCGACCUGCCUACAAUGGUCUCGAAUAAGUCUACUGCUAGCACGCUACUUGCGAAGUCCGAUUUGAAAACCGAGGGAGUGACCCCUGCUUCUGGGACAACACCUAUGGGGCGGGUCUCAAGCCAAAUGGCCGCUAAGCCCGCCUCUCCUGCGUCCAGCCAGCAGUCGACCAAGGCUUCUGGCUCGUCCCUCAAGGUGACACAUGAUGGUAAAAAAGAUGAAAACAAGCUGAACUCGAUGACUACGGCAGCGAAGGAUCCCUGGGCCGACAGUGCGAUUUCCCUUGAGGCUAUCCGCGACACUUUCAUGGACCUUACGGAUGACAGCGGACUGGGUUUUGGUCCGAUGGACGAAUUUCUCAACGCUGAAAUGUUUACUGGCACUCAGGAUACACCGGACUCAGUUGAGACUGGCGUUGCCACACAGACGCCCAAAGACACCGAUAUGCCCAAGAAUGAUGAAGAGGGCGGCAAAGGUGUCAAUUCAAUGGAAGACUCUUGGAUUCCCAUGGAUUGGUUCUGUCUUCCGGGUCGAUUUGAAGACGGCCUCUUGAUGAACGAAUCCUGCGAGGACAUUGACUGGGAGAUGGUUGAUUUCAAGCCUGUUGAAGACAACGGUAUGGCCAUCGCUGCCAUGUGAGUUGGAAGUCCCAAUGCUUUGGGCUGGCGAACGGCAUGGUCUAAUGAUUCCCCCUUCCAUGUUAAUUUCUUGUUCAUCAUUUUCGCAUAAAUAUGGACGAAUCAUGUAUGAUAAAAGCUGGAGGGGCCUUUCUUUGUUUUCUGCAUUUUUUGAGUUUUGUUUCCUGAGGAUCUAUUAGCCAAGGCGUUGACGGCAGAGUGAGUGAAAAAUGGUCUUGAUGAAUAUCCUGAAGUUAUUGACAGUAUGGAGCAUCUGGGAUUUGGCAGCCGCAUGAGAUCGAUAAUGAUUCCAAUAUAAUAAAUCUAAUAAUCAUUAAUUCAUUCGACU